AUCCCCACUUUGGCAGAUACAAUCGCUCAUUUAAAGUUGCUUAAAGCGUUUGCCGUGUUGAGAGAUUCAAUCGUAGAUGAGAGUUUAGAGCCAAGGUAUUCCAUUAAGGUGUGGCAAGUAUUCAUUACGAAUGCAGUGAGACGGUUUAUCAUCUUCAUUACGGCAUUGAAAGAGUACCACAAUCUUGAGCCGAAUUCACCAUUUGACGAAAGGAAUAUAUUUGACACUGCCAGAAGCAACAGAUUCAUAAAGACCUUAGAUAGUUUGAUACCUCCCUUGGAUGUAGUCAUGGUGUGGCAUGCCUUCUUGUUGAAUCCGAAGAGCUUCUAUGAUAAUUGUGUCAGAAAUGACAUCUUGCCGUUUGGAAUGUUUCCCUUACCUUUGAAGAGGCUUAGUGAUUCUAUAGAUAAUGACAGUUUUGUCUACAAACCAUCAGAAGUCUUAAAAGACAACUACUUGGAUGUGGUUUCAUCCUUUACGGUGGAGCCCACCGACUUGAUCUAUGACAUGGACAACUUCGCGAUGUAUGAACAGUUGGUUUCAAUCAGUUGUCCUUCUUGCGAUCAAAUCAUCUUGAAGGAUAUUCCUUACACCAAUGAUGCUUCUACUGGGUUUGCAGACGAUGGUUUCAAGCAGAAGAUUAACUAUGGCAAAUGUAGAUGCCAAUUCAGUGAUAUCAUAACCCAUGAAGAAUUGCGCAAGCGUCAGUUGUAUGCUGACGUUCGAUCAGAUAUACCCUUGCCAGGGUUGUAUAAAUACUUCUCCAAUGUUAUCUCUGAUAAGUACUUCAGGCCACGUAAUCCGGUUAAAAUAAACAAUUUCAUCAAGAAAGAGUUCACCAGAUUAGCACUUAAUAGCAUCGGUACCAGGACCCUUGAAGAUACCAUCGCUAAAGCAUCAUCAGACAAGAAAUAUAUGAAUUUGAUUAGUCAUACGGUGGCUCGUGGAAUCCUAAUAUGUGAAGACUUGGUUGGUUGCGUUCUAAGACAAGAACGGUUCGUCAAAAAGAUGAACGAGAUCGAUUGGCUUCAUUCUCCGUUGAUCCAAGAAGGGUUGGCUGAGUCCGUUAUUCGAUACAGUAGAUUUUUUAAGUUAUUGACAUCGUAUGAGCAUAGGCUCAUGUUGGUUCCGACUCUAGACAUUGACCUAAUCUGGCAUACUCACCAAUUGUCAAUGUACUACUAUUUUACAGAUUGCCAGAGUACAGAAAGAGAGGCUGUCAUUGACCAUGACGACAAAGUAGAAGAAGGAAGACUAGACGACUGUUUUGAGAAAACGGCCCGCUAUUACAAGUAUCGGUUUAAACAAGACUACUCGCUCUGCCAUUGUUGGUAUUGUCUUCUGUUGAGGAGUAAGAGCCAGUCGAAAUUGAAGUCGAUAUUCGGCAAGAAGAAGAUUGAAGCAAAGUUGGCCGAAACGCAGUCCAGUCCUUUAUUCAUGAAUGGUAUUGGGAUUACGCACAUCAGCAUUCACAAUGCCAUUUGUAUUCCUAAUACGUACGCUGAGGAAAGAAGA